CUUCACUGGACUGUCAACUGCAGCAACUAACAACACAGGUGGGAAAAGUCCAGAGCCAUGGACGCAGACUACUACAGAUCUGAGAUGUACUGGGGGACUCUGGGCACAGUUCGACCUCACUCCAACUUCCACCCAGACAGAGACGUGAUGGAGCUGCAGACGGCUCUGGAGAAGAAGGAUUGUGCGAACAUUGUGAGGAUCUUAACCAACCGAAACAACGCUCAGAGGCAAGUCCUGGUCAAGACUUUUGAGGAACUCACACAAAAGGACCUGAGCUCUACGGUGAAGAAGGCUUUGUCUGGAGAUGUGGAGACUCUUCUGUUGGAGCUGCUCAUGCCUCCUCUGCACUACGAGGCCUACAGGCUGGAGAUGGCCAUGGUGGGACUAGGCACAGAUGAGGAAAGUCUACUGGAAAUCCUCUGCACCUUGACUGGCCCUCAGCUCAAAGAGAUCAGUGAAAUCUACAAACAAAUGUACAAGAAGGAUCUGGAGAAGGAGCUGAAAGGAGAGACCAGCGGAGACUUUGCCAAACUGGUUGUGGCCUUGCUAAAUAAAAGUGAUGUGGCUGGACUAGUUUACAAAGACGUAGAGACUCUGGUGGCCACUCUGAACGGAAAGAAGUGUGAGGCUGCUCCAUGGAUCGACAUCCUGACCUCCAGAGACCCCGAGCACCUCCAGAAGGUCCUGGACGAGGUGGAGUUUCAGACCGGCCUGUUCCUGGACGAGGCUUUGGAGAAACGCUUCAGUGGAGACUUCAGACUGGGGCUCAAAGUACUGGUGCAGUGCAUUCAGAACCCAGACCUCUACCUCGCCAAAAGAAUCAGCACUAUGAAGAUCCCUCAAACUCAGAGGGUGAUGGUGUCUCACUGUGAAGAAGACCUGCUGUGUAUCAGAGCGGCUUUUAUCAAACUCACCGGGAACUCCCUCUACUCCACACUACAGAAACACUUUAAAGGGGACUUCCUCACUGCCCUGCUCAACAUCUGCCGAUCUGAAGACUAAAAACUUCUCACGGGUUAUAUUUAAAUAACAGUAUUUACAUGUACAAUUGAUUUAUAUUUUAAUAAAAAUGCA